ACUCAAUAUGAAAGCCUGAAUCUCAAAUCUCGCGGUUACUUUGCUUAAGCAUUGGCUUGGGAGGUAUAUGCACACGUGUGCUCAUUUGCUCGAGGGUUUGGUGAAAGUCAGCAAAGGGGCUCCUCUGUGUCCUUCCCGAAGUUGUGGAUGAGUUGACUCGUUCUGAGUCGAUACUCACUCGAUCAGGAACGAGCUGUUUAUUGACUCAAGUCGUCGAGCUACGUCGUCAUAUUCACGGGAAAGGACGGCGAUAAGCAGUAGCAACCGCAGCAGAGUUCUGCUAAUGCCGUCGUGAUUAUUCACAAUACAUCCUGAUGAUUCGGUUCAACUUCCAACUUCAAAGUUUUGCUUGCCCAUUAUGGAUAGCAACUCGUACUCCUCAACACCAACUUUUCCAGCUCCUCGGCCUUAACCAUUUGACCCAUCCUACGUUAAAGGUUCAACCGUGGACCUUUCCUUACGGUGAAGUUGUACGCGUGACUACCACCAUCGCCAACGGGGACGAAGUCGAUUGCCAAUCUGAUUACUGGAUGAUCGAACAUGUCUACAUCUUCCCGCUAGUCCUCGCUCCGCCGGUCCCCCGUCUACUUGCGAUUUUUCUUCGGAUGUGGAUUUUUUGGAUAACUUACAUAUGUCUGAAUGGUUCAACUCAUGACUUCAUUACCGCUAAAGGCAUAACGUACGUCCUAUUGUCUCUUCGUUCUCCGCACACUCCCCGCGAGUCGGCUUGCAAUAGCGAGACAUACCCGACGUCGCUAGGCUAAAGCAAUAUUUGACGAGGGGCCUACCGUUUUGCUUUCAGUUGUGAUUUGUUACGAUCUUGUUUCUUUGGGGUGGAUUUCCCUCCGAGCUUUCUACCAAACUUGAGAAAAUCACAACGCUUUGAUUCGGGUUGGCAGACGAAGGUAUAUGUAUUCAAUAAACUGGCACUUUUCGA